AUGGCCGCCGCAAGGGCCGUGCCUCGGCUGACGCCGGUGCAGGAGCACCGCGGCGUCACCGCUGCCAUCGGCCACCACUCUUUUGCCCCGCCGCUGCUGCGGCAGUACUAUGGUGACGGCGAAGUACCGCAUUGGGUCAUCUCCGGCUCGUCCGUCAUCACGGACGAAUACGUGCGGCUCACGGCUGACCAGAAGAGCCAGACAGGCCACCUGUGGAACACGGAACCGCUGGAUAUGGACGCCUUCGAGGUGGUCGUGGGCUUCCGGGUCUAUCGGCCAAUGGGCGGCCUCGGCGCGGACGGCUUCGGGGUGUGGGUGGCGCAGCCGCCUCGCUUUGACGGCCCCCUCUUUGGCCGCCCCACCACCUUCAACGGUUUCGGGGUCUUGUUCGACUCGUACGACAACGACAACCGCCGCGACAACCCGAUGGUGAGCCUCGUGUACAACGACGGCUCCAACACAAAGCACUUCGACCCUGAGAAGGACUUCAUGGGCGACACCGUGGCCAGCUGCGUUUUCGACUUCCGCGAGAUUGCCGAACCGAACAUGGCCACCAUGCGCAUGGUGUACUUCAAGGGUGAACUUCAGCUGUACCUGUCCAGAAACAGCGAGGCCACAGAGACGGAGUGUCUCAGAGUCACCAAACUGCCGAUGCCGGAGGGCAAGGUGUACCUCUCCUUAUCUGCCCAGACCGGCGGUGUGUCGGAGAUCCACGACAUCAUGUUCGUUCAUCUGUCUCCCCUGAUGGACGCGAAGUACGACCACGACGUGCGGCAGACUACGGUGCCGACCAACGGGCUCCACGACGCGCAGCUUUACAACAACGAGGCGAUGAACAACCGCCAAAUGUCAGAUGUGCCUACAGCCACCCAUCCACCCACGAUGGCGCCACAGGAGGCGCAGCAGGCACAGCAGCAGCAGCAGAACCAGGAGGCACAGCAGCAGCAGCAGCAGCCGGCACAGCAGCAGCAACAGUGGGCACAGCAGCAGCAGCAGCAGCAGCCGGCACAGCAGCAGCAACAGUGGGCACAGCAGCAGCAGCAGCAGCAGCCGGCACAGCAGCAGCAGCAGCAGCAGCCGGCACAGCAGCAGCAGCAGAACCAGCCGUCCGCGCAGGCCACUGCUGACAUCGGUGAAACAGAGCGGCAGCGAAUUGAGGAGCUGGAGAGGAGGUUGGAAGAGCUCCGAGGCCGCAACGGUUACCGCGCCACGCGUCGCAUCGAGAAUGACGAUAUGGAAGAGGUGGAGGAGUACGUCGAGGAAGGCAAAGACGGACAACAUCGCAUGCGACGCGUGCGACGUGCACGCACGCCCCAUCACAACCCCGUGGCGCACGAUGAGUAG